UGAAAAUUUUUUUUUGGGUUUAAAUAGUGGAAAAAUUACUCAAAGUUCAAAAUACCGAAAAGUCAAAACAUCAAAAUGUCAACACAUCAAAAAUUUUAAAUUUAAUGGAAAGUUGAGGACAACUUAAAUUUCAGGAGGGAUGGAUGUAAUACAUCACUCUCGACUGGAAAAGAAACUCCUCCCACUUUGAGAAAGAUAUAAAGCUUUAUAUUCUCUUUUUAGUGGUUCCUUUUUUUUCCCCCUAUUGUUCUUUUUGGCUUUUGCUGGCGGAACCACGCUCGCCAAUAUUAUAUUUAAUUUUCGGAAAUAAAAUUUAAUUGGAAAUGUUUUUUUAUUUGUUUAUUCUUAAAGUCCCCAGUGCUAACCCUUACAGAAGUAUUGCAUAUAAUGAUGAAAGACGAAGACCAAGUAAUGAUACAUAUGAAGGUUAUGAUGUGGAAACUGAAGAAGAACAAAUUUGUCAAAAUAGAGGAAAUUAUUAUAAUGAUAGAAAUUUCCAUCAACAGCAACAACAAUUCCAACGACGUGAACAGGCGCGCCUUUCUACAGAGUCGAGACAAAGCAAUUCGACUAGAGAUAGUGGAAGAGGUGGAUUAGUGUUUGGCUCUCCAGAUAAUAACAAUAAUAAUAGUGAUAUUGAAGAACCCUCUCCUCAUUAUUCUUCUUAUUCUCCCCCACUUGCUCAUCAAUAUAAACACCAACACCCUCAACAUUACAAUAACCAAAAUAACCAAAUGUCAACUUCAACAAUUAUUGGAGGUGGUGGGGGUUCUUCUGAUUCAACUUCAGGAUUUGCUUCAAUGAUUGGUGGAUGUGAAAAUAAAAAUUAUUCGAAUAGAGGGGGAGGAGGGACAUUUUUAUUGGAAGAUUCUUUUCAUCAUUCACCACAAAAACAGCAACAUGGAGGAAUGUUUGAGUGUAAUAAUAAGGCAUCAUUUGCAUCAUCACCACCUUUUAGGUUUUUUAAUUUUUAUUUUUUUUUGUAA